AUGGAUCCCGCGGUCUUCCCGGAGGAGAUUUGGAUUAAGAUUUUAUUAUACUGCGAUGUACCUGACAUUAUUGCGUUUGGCAGCACUUGCAAAUACUUAAGGAAAACAUCGGACACCGAUUAUCUAUGGAAGAUGAAGUGGCUGCAGCUGAUUUCGAAGGUACACUUUAAAUUCCCGGAUAUAAAGUGUCUGCAGUUACUCAGCGUUAGUUUCAAAGCUAUGUGCUACAGAUUGCACAUGGUGAUAACGCUGGGGGAGAACGUACCUUUUCCAAAAUGUUACCACUGCAGUGGUUACACGUGUCAGAGGAACUGCGUGGAGGGUUCCAGCGCUAAAGUGGUCAUCGAGAUCGGGAACAAGUACACGUGGGUUAUCACGCCGUUCUUCGGGCUGAGGAGGCACUUCUCAAUGUUCGGCAUUCCGAGAUACAACAAUAAAACACACGUGGAACAGACGCAGACGCAAAAUAUACCCAGCAGUAGCACACGCUCAAAACCCGAGACGAAGUCACUAGCCAAGAGAUUGAAGCUGUUGAAACUGUCGGAACUGGCGACCGCGAAGAUCCCGCGCGCGAGCGGCCCGUUUUGCGUAUUCUGCAACCCCGUGAAGCUGUACAGGGAAAAGCGUAGAUUAGUCACGUAUCAGAACGAUCCGAUGUGUUACACCAGACCAAACCCGAUUUAUCAGAAGCUUAUAAACGGUUAUUGCACCGACACAGUAGAGGUCCUCGGCAUUCCGAACGUGGACAUCGUGAGUCCGGCGGAGGCCUUACUGUGCGAGGGCACAUUCCCGGUUCUCAAAACCUUCAUCGAUCAUCUGUUUCACCAAAUGGGCUUGACUACGACGUUAAGAAAACCGAAUACCGUGCUCAUGUUUUGCGAACCGUUGGCUAUGCAGCCAACGUUGAGGAAACAAUUGUUACAUUACUUGUUCCAAGAGGUCAAAGUAGCGAGAGUGUGCCUGGUGCCCAAACCUUUGGCAGCGUGCGCCAUGCUGGAUGUCGAAACUUGCGUGGUGGUCGACAGCGGUGCCCUGAGCACAACGGUGGCGGUCGUAAUAGGAGGCCGGGUUAUACCGCAGCGCUGGCGGCUGCUGCCUGUGGGCGGCUGGCACGUUGCUUAUCAUUUGAAGCAAGCUCUGCACUGGCAGCCGAAGGAGUACCAUCAAAUCCCUAUAUCCUAUUUAGAUAUUCUGGCCGUCAAAGAAAGAUGCAGGCUGAGUUACAACAUUAAGAACGAGGAGAAACGUCUGGGGCCGAAGGCGAGGGAGCACAUUAAUCUUCGGGUUGAUAGUUAUGCAGAUUAUAAACAAUUUUGGAGAGUAUCGUUAGGAUCCGAGUUGUACAUAGCUCCUGAAAUGAUGUAUAUCAGCCUUGGUUUACCUCAAGUUAUAAAAGACGUGACUUCCGGACUGUCGGAGGAUGAAAUGCACGAUUGUCUUUCGCGUAUUCUACUCACUGGCGGGAAUACAGAUCUUUCGGGCUUUGAGCUGAGGCUUACUAAAGACCUGGUUGAACUGUUGCCGGAAUAUAGCAACGUUUUAGAAGUGAGAAGUUGCCCUGGUACACACAGUUGGAACGUCGCAAUGGGAUCUACAUAUGUGCCUUUAGCUGUACAUCCGGAUAAAACUCCUCCGGAAUAUAUCGAAGGUAAUCCAUUUUGGCUGUCACGAGAAGAAUACGUAUUGUUUGGAUGUGAAUCUCUAGAACACAGUAAUGAAGAUAUAAUAGGUGAUACUUUAUAAUAUUAAAGCCUCAUUCACCGUAUUAACCGUAAGACGCGCGCGAUUAUUUACUGCAUAAUAUCGAGAAAGUAAAUGUUACCAUCAUUAAGUAUAUAUUUUCUCUUAUAUUGUCUAUAAAUUGAAAGAAAUUAUUUAAAUAGUUGAAGGGGCCUGAAACAUUCCAAAGUAUAACUAGCAUGUUCACUAUUUAAGGGCACCUGAUGUGUUUCUCGAAUUUUGCUAUUUAAAAUUUAUUUACUAUGCUAAUAUAGUACACAUGUAAGAUAUAUAUACUAGAUGUUCUAUUUUUCAAUCUAUGCCGGAUGAAAUGUCCGAGACGAGAUAAGAUGGGCGAAACUUUAUUUUACUUAAAUUUAAAUUUCUAUUUAUUUUAUAUCGAAUAUUAUUACGUCACAAAGGUAGUCUUUGUUUUAGAUGCGUUAAACGUUUUUAGAUGUUUUUGUUUUUAUUUGGAUAUUAAUAAAAAGAGAUUUAUGUGUGUGUGUGUGUGUAUAUAUAUAUAUAUAUAUAUAUCUAUAUCUAUAUAUGUAUACAGGUGUCCCCUACUCAACUAUCAUAAACUAUUCUGAUGAUUAUAUUCUGGGAGUUAAUUAGAAUUGAAAAUCCUAAUAUAAAAACCAACAUAUCGCAUAAUCAAAUUCAUUCAGGCUUAUGAUUAUGCGUACCGAUCAUUCAUUGUUGAUUUUUACAGCUCAACUGAUGUAUUUUUUAAAAUAAUACAAUGCAUAAAUAUAAAAGAGAGACACUAUAUACAAUUCUACGAUUUGUUACUUAUAUUAUGUACAAAGAUUAGACUUUUUGCAUAGAUAAAAGGAACAUCUUGUAUAUAUGCUCUAAAACUGCCCCCAUUAACUUUGAAACUUAUGGCAUUUAGAUUUUCACAUACACACUAUACAUAUAUACAUAUAUAUACAUAUAUAUUAUUAGAGAUAAUAUAUAUAUAUAU